UUACAGUGAUACUGUAAAUAUGUCUUGAGACCCCAUGUGCACUGUAAUAAGCGAGCGACGCGUGCUAUUCGCUUCGAGAUUGGCUGAGAUCUCACUGAAAUAUUAGCGCUAUGCAUUGUUUACAGACAGGACGUGAGAAUCUGAUGCACGGUGGUCUAAUAAUAAUCUUCGGGGAGAUAGUUCCCGUGGGGUCGGUAGUUAAAGGUCACAGGAGCUCGCUCUCCGAGUAUUUUAUUACAUCCACACUGGGUGAAGAGAAGAGGACUUCACUUUAUAAUAAACAUGUUCCUAUAUUAGUUUUAACUGCACACAACGAGGGCGUUCUUCCUAGUUCCUAAACUUAUAUUUCCUCACACCUUACAGUAAGAAAGCGUAGAGAGAAUGGAAUCGCAUGCACAUGGAUCAGGACCUGCCUUGUGGUUCUCAAGUGGUUUUAGUGAAGUAUCUAGACCUGUCAAGACCUUUCAUCUUCGAGACAUCUACAGUCCCAAACCAACCCCACAAAGGACCCCUGUGGCAAUACGGCCCCCCAGCCCAAAACCAGGUCCUCCCCAGGAGCCCGUGGUCCGGCGUAGGCAGUCGUGUGAGCCAGAACCAAAACCCAUCAUGAGGAGACGGGCUAAAUCCCUCUCGUCGUCCUCAGAAGAGCACGCCUGCAGGAACAUGCAGGUCCGCUUCGUAGAUUCGUUAGGACUGGAACUGGAAGAUGUGAAGUUCUUCAAGGCCAGCGAGGACCCAAUGGUGCCGGUCCACGUCAUCACAAGACUGCUGGCGAGCUCAGAGCUGGCCUCCAGGAAGAAGCUGGAGCUCUCUCUACCUUACUUCCAGCCUUCCUUCCCUGACAAUAUGCAUGCCGAGGCUGGUUUCCUCAAGCGCUUGUGCCAGCAGCGAGUUUGCCUGGAGCAGGUGUUUUGCUCUGAGCUGGGAAUUAUUGGAACCGUGCAAGUGCUGAACUUGGCCUAUGAGAAAGAGGUUACGAUACGAUACUCGUUUACCGAGUGGAAGAGCAGUGCGGAGAGUAAAGCGAGCUGGAUCUCCACCGUGCACAGAGAUGGGCCAGAUCCGGAGUCGGACAUGUUUCGUUUUCACCUGCCUGUACCGCCAUUCAUCCUGCAACCAGGUGCCAUGCUUCAGUUCGCCGUCUGCUACCGGGUCAAAGGACUUGAUUACUGGGACAACAAUGGUGGACUUAAUUAUAAACUGACCUGCCAGACGUUCAAACUGACGGUCCCCAGAGAGUGUGAAGACAGCCUGGUGCAGUUCACUUGACGCUGCACUAGCCAUGGUCAGUGCUGUGAUCCUGAUUCUGUCUGUUCUUGUGUAUAUUUCAUAAUAAAUACAGCUUUUACUGACUUAUUUCUAAUGAAGAUAUCUAUAACCUAUCACUCAUGUGAAAAAUAAAUGCCCCCUUACAUUAAAGCUGCGGUAGGUAACUUUUGACGCUCUAGCGGUUAAUAAACAGAACUGCUUGUGUCUUGCGGAAGAACAUCGUAGCCGGAACUACUUCUCUGUUUAUGUCUAUGAAGAAUCACAAAGGUACUGGGUUACUCCGACGCGGUACCCCCGAAGCAAUCUAAAAUAGUCCGAAUAUAAACACUUAUUAUAGGUGCACCCUAGUGAUUCAGGACAAGCUAAAAACACGGUUUGGAAAAUGGAUUCAUGCUGUACUCGCUUAUUAUAUACAUUUUUCCACACUGUGAACACAAACAAAGUUACGGACCGCAGCUCUGAUUGGUUGUUUCUUACCAGGAGCGAUGUAUUCCUGUAAAUGGCAAUAGGACACUGGGAGGAGCCAGAGGAGCUUGAUUUUUUCACAGAUUAUCUGUCUCAUAUUCUACUGUCAGGACAUAAUGACAGGUUUAAUAAAUAUGUAAAAAAUAUAUUUUUACAAAAGUUACCUACUGCAGCUUUAACUGCAUCCAAACGCAGUCUUUCAUUGGCCAUCACACAGUGUGGUCCCAUUGGAGGGUUUUUUCCUGUUUGAGGUCCUGCCACAGAUCUGAAUUGGGUUCAACUCAGGACUAGACCACUCCAAAACUUUCAUUUAGCUUUCCUGAGCCCUACAUUUUCACAUCACUAUAUGCAUAAAGAGUUGUUAUAGUCAUGUGUUUAUCCCAAGCAUAGAGUACUUUUACUUUAAUAUGUCACACUGAUGGAAUUUAUCAUUAAAAAUGGCUUUAAUUUCAGGGCUGGCUACCACCCACGAACAAUUAGGAUGCAAUACCUGAUUAUUGCUGUAGGAGACUUUCAUCUUUAAGUGUCUGUGCAAAAAUAGAACAGACUUUGUGCACAUUCUUUCGAUUCCUUUAGAGCUCAAAGCUGUGAGGAUAUUGAGUGUUUAGUGCUAUUCUAAUCAUCCACAGUGUCAUGCCUACAGGCCGUGCAGUCUUCACGUCUUCACGUCUCUUCCAGAGCAGCUCUUCUGCUGAAAAUUAUUUCUCUAAAGGUGUGAUGGAUUUUCUUGUGUAUUUCUAUGCUGGAAAACUUUUGGAGUAAUUCACUAAGGUUUUGUACUUUUUUUUUUCAGUUGUGCCUUGUUAACAUCUUAUCCAGCAGUGCCAUGUGGAAUGAGAUUAUUUCUGAAAUCAUUAGUCCUCUAAUGCACAAGCAGACUUUGCAACUUGCUUGUAUUAGUCCUAAUAAUGUAUUUUCAAUCACAUUUGUAUUCUUACUCAAUAAAUAAAGCAAAACAAGGUUA